CCGCCAGUAGAAGCGUCUGUGAGUGUGCUAAGUGCUAAGACAACAAAGCUAGAGACGUCGAGUAUUUAUAUUUAUAGAAAAAGAAUUCUUCAAUCCAAAAGGGGUUGUCCUGUUGCAGGAAAUGUCUCUGUAUGAUGACAUAGAUGAAAAUAAAGCGAAGUCUGUCACAGGAUGGUCUUCAGGAAUCAAGCUUUUGCAUUCUCAGCUACACUUAAAAAAAGCUAUGGUAACACAGCCGAAACGAGAAGGGAUUCGGAGAUCUGCACAUACUUCUACAUCUGCUCCAACUACCACCACAGUUGAAUUACGAAUUAAAAGUGAACCAGAGAUAACAAAAAUAAAUAUUCAUCAGGCAGCCCCAAUUUUGACAACAAUCAUUCCUAAACAAGAAAGAUCAUCACUGUUCGCAGAACUAGAGUGGGAUCCCAACCUGGAAUAUGACCCCUUACAUCCAACUGACUAUGACAAAAUCAUUAAAGAGAGAAAAGAGAGACGAGGCAUUGAAAUUGAAAUAGAAGAAGCUGAAAAAAAAAGAAAGCCAAGAGAGGAUCGUGAUGUAAAGCCAAGAGACAGGUCAUCUGUAGGGGGUUCUGGCUUUGCGGGGCGCUUGCACUGUGACGACGAAGAUGAACCGAUUGUAAAAAAGUCUUCCGCUACUGGUGGAGUUGCCAUUGCCCCACCUCCUUCGCUCCAAGACACAUCAUCGCCAUCCUCUUCUUCUGUUAGCUCUUCCGCAAGUGGAGUUGGAGCUCUUGGUGUUGCUGCCAAAAUCAUGGCAAAAUACGGAUUUAAGGAAGGUCAGGGACUUGGACGGCAACAGCAAGGUAUUGCAGCUGCACUUCAGGUCGAAAAAACAAGCAAGCGAGGAGGACGUAUUAUCAAUGAAAAAGAAAUAAUGCCUCCACCCCCACCUGUGGCACCGACUGCUCCAAAGGCAGAAUUGACGAUCGCUGACAUCAUGAAGAAUCCAUCGAAAGUCGUAUAUUUGCGGAAUAUGGUCGGCCCUGGAGAAGUUGAUUCAGAUUUGGAACCUGAAGUUCGGGAAGAGUGUCAAACUAAAUAUGGAGAUGUCAACAAAGUCGUCAUAUUUGAAGUACCAAACGCCGAAGAAGAGGAGGCUGUACGAAUAUUUGUAGAGUUCAAGCGAGUGGAAGCUGCAGUCAAAGCCGUAAUUGAUCUCAAUGGCCGAUUCUUUGCCGGUCGGCAAGUGAGAGCUGGAUUCUAUGAAGUGGAAAGGUUUCUGAAAAUGGAAUUAAAUGACUCGUAACCUUUACAAAAUAGACUCUUAAAUCACCAAAAC